AGUUGGCAGCUCACCUUACAUCACUAUUAAUUUUAUUUUGGACUUCGAACUCGAAGUUAGAUUUUAUUUUGUUUUUGCUAAAAGUAAUUGAAAUUCUUUAAUAUUUAAAUAUGUCUCGCGUUUUGGUCGGAGUUAAAAGAGUUAUCGACUAUGCUGUCAAGGUCCGUGUGAAGCCCGACAAGUCUGGCGUGGUGACGGAUGGAGUGAAGCACUCCAUGAACCCCUUCGAUGAGAUCGCGGUGGAGGAGGCGGUCCGCAUGAAGGAGAAGAAGCUAGCCAGUGAGGUUAUUGCCGUCUCCUGCGGCCCCACACAAGCUCAGGAAACCUUGAGGACAGCUCUGGCCAUGGGUGCUGACCGCGCCAUCCAUGUGGAGGUGGCCGGUGCUCAGUAUGAGACUCUGCAGCCCCUGCAUGUGGCCAAGAUCCUUGCCAAACUGUCCCAGGAUGAGAAGGCUGACAUUGUCAUAGUCGGAAAACAGGCUAUUGAUGAUGAUUCGAAUCAGACUGCCCAAAUGACGGCCGCCCUUUUGGAUUGGCCCCAGGGCACAUUCGCUUCAAAGGUGGAGAAAACCGACGCGGGCCUGACGGUGACGCGCGAAAUUGACGGCGGCUUGGAGGUGAUCAAGACGAAGCUGCCGGCCGUCAUCAGUGCGGACCUGCGACUCAACGAGCCCAGAUACGCCACGCUGCCUAAUAUCAUGAAAGCCAAAAAGAAGCCCCUCAAGAAGGUAACCCCCAAGGACCUGGGUGUCGACAUCGCGCCCAGGAUCAAGGUGGUGUCUGUGGAGGAUCCCCCGGUGAGACAGGCCGGCUCUGUGCUGCCCGACGUGGACACCCUCGUCGCCAAGCUCAAGGAGAGCGGACACGUCUAACCAGUACCACCUUGACCUCAAUCGUACCAAAUAAUAAUAUUUAUUCGCGCGAAGCACAUAGGACAUUGCGAUGUUGCGUAGGUCUCGCGUACUGAAUGAUAUUAUGGGCCACUUGCACUAUUUAACUAAUUAACCCGGGAUUAACCGGUUAAACCGUUAACCCAGUGUCAAAUUGUACUGGUUUUACUGGUUAACCCUGGGUUAGUGAAUGGUGGAAGUCGCCCUAAUUCGCGCAAUUAAUACGGUAUUACGUUAUAUGUUUAAUGCGCUCGCUUGGAUAGCUGUUACUGUAUCACAGUCGCAAGACGACAUCGGAGACCUCAACGCCUAUGCGAUUAUACGGUGGUGGAUUGAGGUUGUUGAAAAUGUUGCAUGCAUGUUGUAUAGUGUAAAUUCGGUUUAUAUCUUGUGUAAUGCAAUGUGAAUCAAUGUAAUUAGUGUAAAUUGUUAAAUAAAUAUUUUCCCAUGUU